GAGUACAUUGUCGCUAAGGCGAUCAGAGAUGGCGUGAUAGAAGCGACGAUAAAUCACAUGAAGGGCUUCAUGCAGUCGAAGGAUAACAUUGAUAUCUACUGUACGCGGGAGCCUCAGGCUGCCUUCCACCAGAGAAUCAGCUUUUGCCUCGACAUUCACAAUCAUUCAGUGAAGGCAAUGCGGUAUCCUCCUAAAUCUUACAAUAAAGAUUUGGAAUCUGCUGAGGAGCGCAGGCAGCGGAGAAACAUGGAGGACUUGCGAAGAUGCGCGCAAAAAGAACUCGCUAGAAGAGGACGAUGA